UUUUAAAAACAAAAUCGUAAAGCUUUACGGUCACCAUGUGGUCAGCUGCGCGAUCGGGUGCUGACUGACUGUGCUGAUGACGAAGAGCGAGUGAGACGGUAGUAUCAUCUGACUACUGAAGCGAUUAAUCAAAACCUGGUUGAAUGACAAGCCUGAGGCUACUCACUGAUUCUAAACUAAAGGAUAAGAUUGUUGUUAUUUGUUCAAGUUCAUGGCGUUAUCGGUGACUAAACUAUUCCUAGCCGAAGUCGGCAUCUGUGAGAGUGAGCAUCAUGGCGGGUUAUUUACUGUUUGAACUAAAUACGCGACAUAGGAAUUGAUUUUGUCCGCGGAGCUACCCCUGUCAAAUAUUUUUGUAUUGCUAAUGAUUUAUUAGACGAGAGACUGGAUUAUUAUUACAAACGCUAACAACUGGACAGCGAUAGAAAGGAUGUAUGUCCGACAAACAACAGACAAAAUGGCGGCGUCGGAGUAUUCACGGAUGAUGAAUAUCCAGAAAACAGCCAAUAGAAUGAACCACCUACAUCCCCAGAUGUCUUUUCCGGGUGGACAACAGAUAGCUUAUCAUGCAACACCUAGAGGUUCAAUUCAAACGGGUAUUUCAGCAGCUUAUGGCACUGGUAUUCCCAUGGCCCAGCAUCCACAGCAGAAUUCUAAGGUUGUGACGCAACAGGAACUACAAGCCUCACAAGGAACAGUUGGUUUCACAUCCAGACAACCCCUUGUUCAAAAAGCCGGCUAUCCACAUCACGGUUAUCCAUCCCCUGUUCAACCCACCUAUUCAACUGUGGGUAAAAGUGAACAAUCCACAUUUCAAAGAGAUCAUGCCAUGACCCUAGCGUCAUACGCUCAUUCCGCUAUUCAUAAUCCAGCUACAGGACAUAGACCGGACAGUCAGCAAUUUAUUCCUAAAAACUAUGAAAACUCUAGUGCUCGCUAUUUGGGACAUAAUCAAACACACGAAUCAGUUCAUGCCACUGGACAUUUAAUGGCUCAACCUGAAACAGUCAAAGUAUCAUCUAGUCAACGUGAACAUUCGAUACACUCCAAGGAAUAUCACCAUAAUAUACGUUCGACACAACCACCUACAUCAUCUGCUCAAACACAAAUGCAUCUUUAUCAUCACGGAGAAGUUAGUGCACAGAAAGCUGCGUCAUUCGCACAUGGAUAUUUACCAACAGCAGACAGGCGAACAGAUACUCGUGCUGGACAUCGCGUCUCUAUGGACUCUCACCGUAUGUCUAGUGAACCCCAUCGUGUUGUAAGUGAACCCCAUCGUGCUCUUAACGAUCCUCACCGUAUUGGUACUGAACCUCAUCGUGUUAUUAGUGAAUCCCAUCGAGUUGUAAAUGAACCCCACCGUACUGUAAGUGAAUUACAUCGGGCAGUUGGCGAAUCACAUAUGAGACAUCCACAAAGUAUACGAGGAUUAGUUGAAGCCAAGGCUCACCAACAACCGAUUAAGCAUUCAAUACAUCACAAUAUCGCCCCUUCCAGUAAUCAUAAAGAGCAUAAUAAUGCAACCUUCUCCCAAAGACCAGGCAAUCACGGACAUUCAAACCCCAAUUACUCUUCACAGAUUCAUGCCCAAAGAAUUACCUCUGGAGCCAGGGCCAUUGUUGCUGAAACUCCUUCAGGGCAAGGCUCAAUUCAAACGGGUGUGCCACUUGACCUCUCGCGAGUUUCCGAAAAAUCCCAACCUGUAAGUGAAAAAAGUGACCGGGAGGCAGAUUCACCCCUUGAUUUAUCAAUUAAAACGAGGAAGAGGUGUGCGGAUACCACAAUUGCUCAGCAUAGUAAUGAGGGACAUGAACCUGGUUAUAAAAGACCACGACUUGAAACUCCACAACUCUCCGUAAAUCAUGUGAAUCAGCACUACAGAAACCAUUUACAAGAAUCUAUGGAAGCUACUGGUAAAAUGGGACUUGCACAAUCACUGUAUCAAAAUCAUUCCCCAUCUCUGCAACAACAGCAGCACCAUCAGCAUCCACAACAACACAGCCAUCAUCAGCAUCAACAACAACAACACCUCCAACAACAGGUCAAUAAACACCAAUCUCCACGUUCACACUUUAAAAAUUUGGAUGUAUUGAAAUCAGAACACACUGCAGCAACAUUGGCGCCUCAGGUAUCUAAUAUACCAUCCACAAAAGUUGCAACAGCUGCCGAGCAAAAUGCCGCCCAUCGCCAUCUUCAGAAAACUCACGGGACGCAUUUUCCGCCACCAAAUGUGAAGUCAGUCCGAGACACUAAAGUGGAUUUAUCACCGUAUCCUUAUAGUGUAUAUCCUGCAAGUAAUCAGGCAUCGGUAGUCAGGUGCAGUCCUGAUAGUACGAUAGGACAGAAUCAUAUAAAUUCUAAACAUGCACCACAGCAUAUGUACAGACGUAGUGUAGACAGCUCAAAUAUAAAUCUGAAACACGAACAUGUAAAACAAACAAAUGUAAGUAAACCUAAUUCUCCCAGAGGACAUGUGCAUUCUAUAGAAAAACAAAUACCAAGUGCUCAAAUCCAAAAUAAUGCGAAACCUUCCCCUGUAGUGAACGAUUCCAAGCAUGGGAUUAAAUCAGCUCAACCGAGAAGUCAGCCCCCGGCACAACAAUCUCCCGGUCAGCAUAAUAUUUCUCAACAGUGGCAGGAUUACUCAAAAGCGCAAUCAGGGAAUGCUGACGUUCGUACCAGCCCUGCACAAGUCAAGUCCGAACCUCACAUGCAGCUAUUUCCCAGCUAUAACAAACAAUCUUUGACGGGACCUUUGCCACCUACUUUAGUCCCAACAGAAACAAAAAGCAGGUCUGCUUCUCAAACUCCGGCUAUUUACAAAACACAUGUAAAACCGCCAGAACUUAUGGGUAUGCCGAAGAGUGAAAAUGAGAAAUCCAUUAGCACAAUUCAGCCUAUAAUUAAACUGGAGGAUAAUCAAGCCAAAGUUGGCCAAACCCAACCAGAAACCCCACCAAGUGAAAAUGUUACUAAAUCCACAGAAUCAACAAAUGAUUCGUCGACAUGUGAUAAUUAUAUGGAACCAUUAUCUAUUGCCAUUCCUUCUACUAAAAACAAUAAUACAGAUACGAAGUCCCAGAAAAUAAUUACCCCUAAGAUAGAGCCCAAACCAAUGCCCUCAACAACCCCUGCGCCGCCUAUAAUCCUCUCUAGAAAACAGAUGAUCAUGAACGCCGUGAUCAAGGAUGAAAACUUGAAGAAGUACGCAACAAAUAUAGCCACACACACGUCCAGAAAACCUCGCCACGGUAGUGAAUUCAAGACACCAGGGGGUUCACCAGCUAGUCCACCAUCUCCAAAGAUGCCUAUUCUUAGUCCACAGCAAAAGACUCUCCCGUCUGUUUCCCCGCUUCACAAUGACCCUCCUACACUAGAUCUUCCCGAUUACCCAUCAAAGCAAAAACUUAAAGGACGAAUUCCACAUUCAAUUCCAAAACGAGCGCUAGAGAAAGGCAAAAUUAAUUCGACAAAGACUCCACAACCACCGCAAGUUGAGAUUACUAAAGCAUCUACUGACGUAAACAAGGAUCAACUCGGAACAACAUAUGCUCGACCCGAAGCGAUUCGUCGGAAUUCCUUACCCGAAAAAACAUGGAUGUACCAGAAAAAUAUCCCUGUUGCCAAUGUUGCUCCUUUCGUGCAUUCUGAAAAUAAACAGGAACCUAACCUACAGACAGACGCGGUUCGUACCAGUCAACCGGUAACAGGAAAUCUUGACCAAACUGUAAAGUCGGAGGAUGUCACCACAGACGAUAUUGAACGUAAACCGGAUGUCAUUACCGAUAUCAGUAGAGAAACGUCUAAAAUUAAACCCAAAACAAGCAAAACUAAAAAGCAAACGAGACAAAGUGAUAAAGUACAUGUAGUAUCAAAAGAUAAGCUUAAAAGGGUACAAAAACAGCAAAGUUCGACGGACACUAAAAUCAACCACACUUCUCCUGAGAAAAAAGUACAACGAAGUGUAGAUGUGCACAUCCGUUUUUCUAAACUCCCCUCCAAAGCGAGAAAACGUGCGCGUGAUGGUAAACGAGUAAGAAAAAUAGAUCAUGUUACGGGGGAGAAGAACUCGGAAGAGAAGAGCUCGGAGGAGAAAGUGAUUCAUGAAUCUGAUAUAAAAGAGGGGGAGAUCUUGGACAAAGAUGAUGAAGCUAAAACGAGUUCACCUGGUAACCUUAUGUCCGAUCCUGCAUUACUGGAUAGGGAAGAACGGGCUCUUAGGAGGGCAAUUGAUCAGUUUACAAAGAUGGAGAAUGGAAGCAAGUAUCAACAUAGCCAAGGCAGACACAGACGAAUGUCUAAUACAAAUAAACGAGCACAAGAGUUAAAGCGGAAAGCCAUCGGCAGGAAUAAAGUUCAGGGUCGCAGUUGCAAGAAUACAUUCAGGGGACGUCCAGGUCUAAGGCCACGUGGUUUUAUUGAUUUUAAACCGGAAGUAUUGAAUUCACGAACGAGGCGUUCAGGCAGAAGGCGUAUUCCGCGCUUUAACCGUAACGCCGCGUUCGAAAACCAGUUACAACGCCACCAUUCUCGUAAGCUUUCCAGGCGACUUCGACAAGCUAAUAGACGUCAAAGAAUCGAAUCAGACACAGAAUUUGAGAAUGAUGACGAGGAUGACGAAGAAGCUGAUGAGGACGACGAUGCCACCGAAUAUGAAUUUGAUACUGAUGACUUUAAUCAAGAUCGUGUGCUACGGAAACGAGUGUCUUUACGUACCCGCAAACGCCCUACAAGACGCCAAAUCAUAGAUGAUUCAGAUAGUGACCAAGAGAAUGGUACACCAAGCGACGACUUUUCUACGGAUCACAGUUUCUUGAGUAGCACCAGAAGGUGUAAACCAAGUCGUGCAUCUCGAAACAGAAAGAAAACUCGUUCUACAGUCAAUAAAGAUGUCGACACGCCGGUCUUACAAUCAGAGGAAUCCACCGAUGAGGAAUUCGAUGCGGCGUUCUGUUAUCUUGGGGAAGACGUUCCACAGCACGUUCCAGCGGAGGUGAAGAAGAUAACGAUUAAUAAAACAACUGGAGAAACGGGGCUACACAGAGCCGUUCGUCUCAGUUAUCAGGAGGCAAUCUUAUAUUAUUUAAAAAGUGGAACAGUUGAUGUGAAUGCUCGAGAUAAUGCUGGAUAUUCUGCUUUACACGAGGCAUGUGUAGUAGGAAAAUUGAACGUGGUACGAAGUCUUCUGGAGCAUGGUGCAGACGUCAAUGCGUCAUCACAUGAUGACAUUAGACCUAUCCAUGAUGCUGUGGAAUCCAACCAUAUUGAAAUUGUCAGGUUGUUGAUCGCCUGUGGGGCUGACCCCACCUUAAAAACUAAUACAGGAAAAUCGUUAUCGGAUAUAUCUGUGACGUCGUCGAUGAGCCGAUUCUUACAGGGAUAUUUUGGUGAUAUCAAUGGAUUUGAUUCUGAUGCUGAAGAUAAUCCAUGGCAUUUUUCUGGCACCUUUGACAUGGAAACGAAGAAAGAAACCGGAUUUGAUAUUUUCUCAGAAAUACCUAGCGAUCCAGAAGAAGAUGAUGAAAACGAUUUGUUCGAUGAUGAAAUUUCCUCCUCCAUCAGGGUGUUCGACCUUGACCUUUAUAACAUAGGAAGAUCUGAAAGUUAUGUAUAUGGUGAAGAUAUUCAGACACAAUUUAACUGUAACGAAACACGUUUACGUAAAUUGUGUACGCCGGAAAUGGAUGUUAUCAAAAUGCCCUUCUUGAAAUUUAAGAGUUGCUUUGAAAGUUCUGUUGUUCGAUGUCCACAGUCCACAAACCCAACAAUUUGUCUUAUCAAGUACGCGUAUUUUAAAUCUUUAAAGGACAAGCUUACACCUACGACCAAGUGCAGUAACGUAUCGGAACUGAUAUCUUACAGAAACAAAGCUACGGAAAAGAAACUCAUUGGAAAACUGGAAGAUCCAUCAAGAGGUUGUGAUAGCCCAUCCCGAAGUAAUAAAAAAUCCAGCAAAUCCCAGUGUGUGAAGUCUUUGUCGGAACGCGACACGAAACAAUCGGAGAAAGGGGCAAAUUUAAAGAAUCAGUCUCUUUUCAAAUCUCAAAGUUGUUCGUCUGCUUUUGCGACGUCAUCCAGAAGUGCCGAGAGUUCAAGUGCGGGAUUAAACAAUAAUAAUAAUAACAAUAAUAAUAAUAACGUUAUAAAUAAUAAUAUAAAGAAUGGUACUAGUAAUCUGUUCCAUAAAAAACAUCAAUCUAGUCUUAAUACGUUACCAAAAGUUGUUAUUAAGAAAAAUGGAACUGUAGGCUCUGAUAAACAAAUUAAAAAAGACAAAAAAAUGAAUAAGGAAAAAUUGCAUAAGGAUAAAAUGAAUAAACAUCCAAAUAAACACUCGACUAAGGACGAUACGAGGAAAUUCAAAACAAGCAGUUCGUCGGAUACGAAAACAACUAAUUCAAUUCAUGCGACAGCUGCCGCGUUAUCAAAAUUUGCAUUUGAAGACGAAUGUGAUUCGAAUUAAUGAAUGUACUUUGUAAAUAAUUCGCUGUGUGCUGUGAUAUUUAUUCAACGGUGUUGCUUCUGCUUUACGAUUCUGUGGUUGGUAAAUGGUGUGGUGGUCAUGAAUAUGCCAAGUGUUAUUAUAAACGUUAUGUGAAGUAAAGCUGGUGUAUUGGGAACGAAUGGCGUGAUUGUGAAUAUGUAUAUCAAACCGUAGUGGUCAAGUCAUAAAUGUUUUUGAAUAAAUGUGUAAAUAUUGUUGGACAUUUGAACUAUAGAAUUUUUACCGUGCGACAUUUUUAAUGGCAACAAAAUACUAACACAAAAUUGCUGAUGUAUUUUGAUCGUUUGGAUCUUAUUUUAAGCAGUUUAUGCCUGGCUUUAGAUUUGUUGAAUGCUUAAAGGAUGCGCUGUCUUACAAUGCAACUUAGAAUAUCGCCCCCACCCCCCCACCUUUUAAUAAGAGGUCUAUUUCGACCUACCGAAAAGCAAUCAUAGUGCCUAAUUGUGAUCAUUUAAUGUUUAGAAACCAGCUUUCUCAAAUCAAUCAUUAUGAAUUAUGACGAGAAUGGUCCCUAAGUCGCAUAUUAUUUUAAUUUGUUCAUGAAAAUAAUGAUUCCUACAACCCUAAGUGUUUUGUUUGUAACCGGGCCAACAUCGGGGAGGAGGAACCCGUUUCAUUGUUUUGAAGCCAUCUAGCGGUAUCAUCUCUAUUUUUUUGAUUUUAAGAUAAAAAACUUUAUUUGUUAUUGGUGUGAGAAUCAGGUGAAAGUGCAUGUAUACUGUGAAUCAUUAUUAGAACUUUGAAUUUGUUGAGCCAUAUUGUGUAUAGCAAGUUUGACACUUGUUUUUAUUGACUAAUUUUUGAAAGGAUUUUAGUGCUGUUGUUAGAUUAAUGAUGUUAGCUUUCUUAUUAGUCAUCCAUCUUUGUUACGUUACUAUAUUGUUAUAAUUGAAAGAUUCAUAUAUAAUUAAACAUUACUGUUCCAUUUUUAGUCGGUAAUAAAAACCUAUGAAACGUUAAUUUUACUGCAGCACAUAUAAAGUUUACAGUGAAGCUAGGGCAUGGCAAAAUGCCCAUAGAACAGCUUCUCGUCCGUACCAUACAAUCUCCGUUGUUUUUCCAGCCAUCAAAUUCGUAGCAAUCCAAUUGGCUGAAACAAUUCAAAUUUCAGCCAUUCAUGUUCAGAUAAUACUAGUCUAGUUUAUCCAGUUGAAUUAACCUGAUAGGGAAACUGAAAUCUAGUUAUUUCAGACGUCCAGUCCGUCUAUCAGACUUGAGUCGAGACUAGUGCUUCUUAUCUAAAUGAAGCUACAUUACUGCAGCUGGAUUUUUGUUGGACAUAAAGAGUUCCUUGGAAUACCAGUAAAAUGUGAAACAAUGUUUCUUAGGUUUAUAUUACCCCCAUGCCGUACUUGUGAUAUCAUAAUAUAAUCUUGUAGUUUAUCAAAAUACAUCCCUCUGCUACUCAUCGUAAUGUUCAGAAGGUAUUCCAUGCUUCCCAGCAGAGCUCAGGUCAGGAUCUUUUGACUUGGUAAAGAGCGUAGCUACUAAAUUAUGUUCAAACUCGAUUGGACGAAACUCAUUUUUUAAUACGGUGAAGCAUCAUAGGAUUGUAUUUUGAUAGCUUAUAUUAUAAGAGCUUUGAGAAGUCAUCGUGAAGUGAUUGUCAUUAUUUUACUGUUAUUUGGAUACAUGUAUUAUAUGAAAUAAAACAAUCAUGAAAAAUAUCUCAAUAAAAAAUGAAAUAUAAA